CACACUCAGAGGUGCUUGGCACACACAUGAACACACAUGCACCUCAUUCACUUUUUUGCAAACACGCAGGCUGCGCAUCUGUAACUGGGCAGCAGCAGCAGCAGCAGCAGCAGCAGCAGCAGCAGCAGCAGCAGCAGCAGAUGAGAGGGCAUCAUCCACCAGUGCGUGUCCAGCAGCCUGACCACGAACCACUGUGACCCCGACGGAGAGGAGUUCUACUGGACAGGAUGGGGGGAGUAAGUGAAGGAGAUGAUGUGUUGGCUCGAUGGAGUGAUGGACUACUGUACCUCGGCAAUGUGAAAAGAGUGGACGGAGUCAAGCAGUGUUGUCUGGUGAGGUUUGAGGACAACUCCGAGUUCUGGGUGCUGAGGAAGGACAUUCACACGUUUGCUGCUGGAGUGGAAGAAGUUUGCUGUAUUUGCGACGCUCCGCCUCUUAAAGAACCCCUCAUAAAUUGUCUCAAAUGUCGCCACGGUUUUCAUCCAGAGUGCCACACGCCAGCCAUUGAACCGGAAGCCGACAGCGAUUCGUGGAUAUGUCGGCAGUGCGUCUUUGCCGUCGCAACCAAGAGAGGCGGGGCCCUCAAGCGGGGACGCUUCGCCCGACUCAUGCAGUUCAUGAAACUCCGACUCCCGUACCAGCUGUCGUCUUUGGACUGGGACCCGCAGCAUCUGACCAAUCAGCAACAGUGUUACUGCUACUGUGCCGGACCUGGAGAGUGGAACCUAAAGAUGCUGCAGUGUGGAAGCUGUGGUCAGUGGUUCCACGAGGCCUGUACACAGUGUCUGACCAAGCCUUUACUGUAUGGAGACAGAUUUUACCAGUUCCAGUGUUCUGUGUGUACAAAGGGACCGGAGACGAUCCAAAGACUUCCCAUGACCUGGGUGGAUUUGGCUCACUUAGUGCUCUACCAUCUCUCACUGUGCUGCAAGAGGAAGUACUUUGAUUUUGACCAUGAAAUCCUGUCCUUCACCAAUGAGAACUGGGACUCGUUGCUCCUGGGCGCGCUCUCCGACACUCCGAAGCAGGACCGCUGUCACAAUCUCCUCAACGCUCUGAACUCCCACAAGGACAGAUUCGUAUCCGGCAAGGAGAUCAAGAAGAAGAAGUGUCUUUUCGGGCUGCAGGUCCGAGCGCCGCCUCCGCUGACGUCCGACUCGUCUCCGCUCAUCACCGAGCCGCCUAUCAACAUCACACACAGGAGAAGCCCGCUGUCACUGCCCUGCCAGAGGAGAGUGACGGGGUCCGAGUCGCGUAAAUCAAAGCGACGGAUCAUAGAGACACAGGAUUGUCCACCGCCAGUCCCUGCCAACCCCAUUGAGCUGCUGCCAUGUUGCCAUGGUUAUAUGGGAGGGGCCAACCUUUACAACUCCAGGAAGUCAGAGGAGGAGCUCAGUUUGAGCUCUGCCCCCAAGCGGAUGUACGGCUGCUACCACAGCUCUUACAAUGGAAACGCUGCACUGUCCAGGACUCUCCAUCACUACAACAGCAUGGAGGACACUUGCAGGUUACCACCACCCUGCCUCCCGUACCCCCUCAGCUCCAAUGGCAGCCAUCACCACCACCACCACCACCACCUCCAUCAGCACCAUCACAACCACCAACACCAGCUACAACACCAGCCGGGGCAGAAGCAGCUGGAGCCCCUCAUCCUGCGCGACCUGCCUCCUUACCAGGCCGGCAUGGGCGGAGGUGGCGGUGUAGAAGGAGGAGGAGGUGGUGGCGGAGGAGGAGGUGGAGGAGGGGGGAUGGGAGUCGGAGGUGGCAGUGGGACAGUGGCCAGGAGCUGGGGCGGAGGGGAGGCCGUGAGGAUCUUGGCGAGACGCGUGACACCAGAUGGGAAGGUUCAGUACCUGGUGGAGUGGGAGAACGUGGGUUUGUACUGAAAACGGGAAAACGCUCAGACUGUUCUGCAGUUGCCACUGUAAUACUGUGUAUGUGAUAUGUGGCAGUGUUUAAAGUACAAGCAAAACACACACACACACACACACUUCCCCACACGUCACAAAAUCCAGGUUGUUCUAAUAGUAUCACCUCUAUACUGCAUCACUGUAACCUCACUACUCGUUACUAAAUGUCCCUCUUUGCUAGUGGUUCUCUGAUAUUUGUACUGUUAACUUUGGAAUAUGCCUUUGCAUUUAUCAUGUUUUACAGUCAUGAGAGAAAAUGUUAAAACUCCUCCUCA